AGGUUUCCGAAAAUAAAAUGUGGUUAACUCGGAUUUUAUUUAAAUAAUCUGUAAAUAAGUUAUGAAAGAAAGAACACAUCUAAAAUAAGUUUUAUUGUACCCAAACAUUAUUCUUUUACAUACAUGUUACGUUAUUCUUCAAGAUUAUAUCAUGCUUAGUUAUAUAUUUUCGUUCUUCAGAAAGUCUGAUCCCGAAUCAGAAUUAUCUUUGGAAGAUUGUACGAAGAUUUUAGCAUCGGAAAACUAUUCUCCUGAAAUAAACGAGGAGGAAAUCGAACCCCAGAUCGGAGUGGACGGUUCCUACAAGGAGGAAUACAAUUUUGCAAGCAGGAAAGGUGUUAUAACGGCUAGAAACACUUCCAAUAGUUAUGUUAUCGAUGAUUUAUAUUCCUUCACCUCAGAUACCGAUACAUUCAGUAUAGGAACGGUAGUUUCGUACCAAAAACUAGUUUACGACGGGAAAAUUGAUAUUUACAAUGUAGCAGAGAUACAGAGUGACUGGGAUACGAACAUUGAAAAAGAUUCUUUUGUAAAUACGCGAGUUUUGAUAUGUAAAGUCGAGAAAAGAGACAAAAGAAUACUUCACCUAAGCCACGAAAAUAUGAAACUCGAUUUAGACAAAGUCGCCACUGUAUUUGUCCCUAUAGUAGGUGAUUGGAUUGAACUCCUUGUUAAAUGCGAGGUAAACGACCAAACAAUAGAUUUAAGUGGUGAUGUCAUUACAAUAGACAAAAUAUCCCCCGUCAGGGCUCAUAUAAUAACUGGACAGAUCUCAGCAUGGGACUCACUGGACUGUACCGGCACUAUAAACCGAGAUAUAUUUUUUAAUAAGGAUUCUUUAAGCUGUGGUUAUGUUCCAGUAGUAAAAGACAAAGUUGUUGCUGAGAUUAUCGAGUCAGACCAAGGAAGAUGUAUUUUUAGGGCUUUAAAAAUCAUCCCUGAAUCGAUUAAAAAUAGAUUUGAUGUUUUUAAGAACUCUGAUAAUCAGUGUCUGGAGGAAUCUCAUCCAGGACUUGAAAUUUCUGGUACAAAAGUGAAUUUUAGUAAACUAGGUGAUAGUGAACAGUUAAGAGUUGUAUUAAGUAACAAAUCUAGUGAUAUAUUCAAGUUUAUAAGAGCAGAACUUAGUGAUAAUUGUACACAAAUUGUUUUAUCACAAAAUAGUCCCGAAUCUGUUGAAAUAAGGCCUGAAGAAAGUUUAGAAAUUUUACUAAAUUGUACAGCAAAAAACAUCGGUGUGUCUAAUGAAUUAUUAACGCUAAUUUUUGAAAAUUUUAUUGUUAACAAAUAUAUUAAUCUACAUGUUAAUAUAAAUGUGAAGAACCCUGGGAGUUACCAAAGGAACAAUUACAAUUAUAGUAAUAAUGUACCACAAAAUGGACAAAUAAUUCGCGGACAAAGGCAGCACCAGGUUGCCAGAUUUCAAAUAAGGAGACUGCCUGACUAUGCAGUACCAAGACAUCUGCUGAAUGUAUAUGAGAAUUACUAUGGGGCUCAGAAUCGGAUGCUUUUUACUGAAGAACUGAAAAAAGUAAAAAGGAGUGUUUUUAAUAGUCUGAAUCAUAUGAAUUAUGAAGAAAAAUUUCAUACUUUGCUGCACAUGGACGAAAUAGUACAACUGAUGCAUAUGAGACGUUAUAACCAAGAUAGAGUCUGUUUUAUACCAAAUGGAGAGUUUCUAAUGUUAGAAAUAGAAAAUUUAGCUGAAAGACGACCAUCUAUAGUUAUUGGUGACAGAAUCCAGGCCAGCGAUCCUUUGGGUCAUACAAACGAGAUUUAUGAAGGAAAUGUGACAAAAGUUGGAGCAAAACAUGUUUAUUUAAAAUUCUCGGAACUUUUCCAUCAGAUGUAUAACGGGGAAGAUUAUACAAUUCGAGUUAUACCAGGUCGCGCAUCUUACAAGAGACAGCAUCACGCAGUGUUUCUUAUUUCGAGAAACCUGGGAAGAAAUUGGUUAUUUCCAGCUAAGAUAGAAGAAAAAAAUGCUCAAAUUGAGUUUUGGUACGAACCCUAUCCAAAUAUAGUGAACACCAAUAGUUCAGAGAGUGCAAAUAAAAGAAAUGUCAAGCUACUUGUAAGCUUGGCAAAAGAAAUUAAAAUAAAAAAAGAACUAGAAGAGCUGAAUAAGAAUGUUCUUAAAUUAGAAUGGUACAACAAAACUCUGAAUUGCAAACAGAAAGACGCAGUGGUGAAUAUACUGAAGGGAACGUGUAGGCCGUUGCCUUAUGUGAUUUUUGGGCCACCCGGUACAGGAAAAACCGUCACUGUUAUAGAAAGUAUUCUGCAGGUACUCAGGAUGCUUCCCGGUAGCAGAAUUUUGGUCACUGCUCCAUCCAAUAGCGCUGCAGAUUUGAUAGCUCUGCGAUUAAUAGAUUGGGGGGUACUUAAACCCGGUGACUUAGUACGACUAGUUUCUGUCAACUACGCUUUGGGCGAACAAAUUCCUCCGAAAUUGGUGCCUUAUUGUGCUACAGGGAGCGUAGCCAAGGAAGGCACAGCCGAAGAGAACAUUAGGGCCCCAAACGGCAUGCUCCUAGAUUGUAGCAGAUUUGUACUGGGUCGACACAGGAUAACAGUAUCCACGUGCUCCAGCGCAGGCGUACUCUUCAUGAUGGACUUCCCGCGCGGUCACUUCACUCAUAUUUUCGUAGACGAGGCAGGACAGGCUGCCGAAUCUGAAGUUAUGAUCGCCUUGUCCUUUUUGGACAAGUACAACGGUCAAGCUGUCCUAGCAGGUGAUCCUAUGCAACUAGGACCAGUGGUCUUAUGCUCUGUGGCAUCUGAAUGUGGCCUCAAUGAAUCCUAUUUGGAAAGAUUGCUCAACAGGUUUCCUUAUGUCAGAGAUACAGAGGGUUUUCCCGAAUCCGAAGGCUUCGACCCGAGAUUAGUCACCAAAUUGCUAUACAACUAUCGAUCUAUGGAGGUUAUUUUGAAUAUGUUCAGUUCACUGUUUUACAAUGGAGAAUUGAUACCGACGAUAUCAGACGAAGAUAGUAGAGAAGCUGUACUAUUAAAUUCUCUGGCUUCGAUUUUACCUAAAACCAGGACUGGAAAAGUGCCUUCUGUGGUGUUCCACAGUGUGGAUGGUGAAAAUUUUCAAACGCCAGAUUCUCCAUCAUGGUAUAACCCCCACGAAGCAGCCCAAGUCUUUUUCUACCUGAACGAACUCUAUCGGCUCGGCCUUAAAUCUGACAACGUCGGUAUCAUCACCCCGUACACGAAACAAGUGCGCGAAAUACGAGGACUGUUGAAAGAAGCCGACUUUGACGUGCCCAAAAUCGGAACCGUCGAGGACUUUCAAGGUCAAGAAUUUGACGUUAUACUGCUGUCAACUGUCAGAUCUGGCGAGGAAUUCGUGUCGCGCGACCUGGAACACUCGCUGGGCUUUGUGGCCAGCCCUAAGCGGCUCAACGUUGCCAUAUCUCGGCCGAAGGCUUUGCUGGUGGUGGUUGGCAACCCCGCAGUGUUGAGCUCCGACGUGCAUUGGAGGUCUGUGAUUGCGUACUGUUGGGAGAGAGGCGCUUAUAUUGGAUCUCCCCUGCUCAGUGAUUGAAGUGCUCCAGAUUGAAAAUCUAUACAGAAUAUAUUUGGAAUGAUCGAACUUCAAGAGAUACACAACAUAGGGAUGAGCCAAAUUUACUUCAAAUAGGUUUACUGAAGGCAUGAAAGUACAAUGGUGUUAUUAAGAUUAAUUGUUAAAGAAAAUUAUUUUACCCUGUAUAUUAUGUUUGAAAUAAAAUAUCAAAGUUC